CGACCCCACGUGCGCGCGCCCUGCGCAAGCCCAGACUCCCCCUGGCGCGUGCGCUGCCCCCCCCCCCACGUUCCCGAUAGGAAACGGAAGAGGCGGAGGCGCGCGUGCGCGGAGAAGCUCCUGCUAACGUGCCCAGAGCUGCCAUGGCUGAAUUGGGCUACCCGACCGAGAUGGAGUGUGCCCUGCGCCGCCGCCUGCCCCGCCGCCUCCCACGCCGCUGCAGCGACAUUUACGUCAACAUGAAGACGGACUUCAAGGCCCAGCUGAGCCGCUGCCAGAAGCUGUUGGCGCCCGGUGGGAGCUGCGCCGAGAUCUGCAUCCACGGCCUGGGACUGGCCAUCAACCGUGCCAUCAACAUUGCCCUGCAGCUGGAGGCCACGGGUGGCGGGUCGCUGCGCUUGGCGGCCAACACCUCCACUGUGGAGCUGGCUGACGUGGCGGAGCCGGAAGGGGACGGCGACGAGCCGCUGGCCAGGACCCGGAACAACUCUGCCAUCCACAUCCGAGUGUGCCGCGUCACCCCAGAAUGAGGCUCUUCCCAGCCGCCGGCUCACGCCCUCCAGAGGAAAGGGGCCCUCCCUGCCACCCUGGAAUGCUGCUGGCCAACUGCUGGCCGAGCCCCAGUGGUGGUGAACCUUUGGCACACCAGAUGUUAUGGACUACAAUUCCCAUCAGCCCCUGCCAGCA